AUGGGUUUGGCCGCCUCCAUAUUUUCUAAUGCACAAUUACGUUGAUGGUUUCACCAUAAUUUGGAGGGGAUCACGGCGGAAAAAUUACUUCUUGAGAAAGGUGACCCUGGUAGCUUUCUUGUACGACCUAGCGUUGCACAUCCGGGAAAUUUUACUCUUUCAGUUCGGCGGGAAGAUUGCGUCACACACAUACGUAUUCGAAAUACUGGGGAUUUCCUAGACCUUUAUGGUGGAGAAACAUUUGCCACCCUAUUCGAAUUAGUUGAUUAUUAUCGUGAAAAUCGUGGUGAAUUAAAAGAGAAGAAUGGCUCAAUAAUCGAAUUGAAAUAUCCCUUAUUUUGUCAGGAUCCUAUUGCUGAGAGUUCCCGUUGGUUCCAUGGCCCUAUGUCCAGGAAUGAGGCCCAGAAACUCCUCGUGGAGAAGGGGAAAAUUGGAAGUUUUUUAGUACGUGAAUCAAUUCAAAAACCGGGUUCAUAUGCACUCUCGGUAUCUACGGAAGACCAGGUUUCACACAUCCUAAUCAAUCGGAAAAACGACAAAUUCGACGUUGGUGGAGGUCAUCAGUUUUCCUCCCUUAAAGAGCUUAUAGAUUUCUAUCUCGCUACUCCCAUGUUCGAGAAAACAGGUGGAUUAGUAUGCCUUAAACAGCCCUUCAACGCCACACGGCUGAACGUUUCCACAAUCAACAAACGAAUCAAACAACUGGAGUCGGAGAGCGUGAACGGAAAACAUUUAGCCGGGUUCCACGAAGAAUUCGAAGAACUACAUCAAGACAUUCAUGAUACCAAAUCAAGGAGUCGACUUGAGGGAGCCAAGUUCUACAAUUUGGAGAAGAAUCGGUACAAAAAUAUCCUUCCCUUUGACUCAACCCUAGUUCGUUUGCGAGACGGCGACCCAAACAUCCCCGGAUCGGAUUAUAUCAAUGCUAACUACAUCAGCUGGCCUGACUCUUUGACAGAGAGCCUCCUGGGUGGUUCCACAACUGUGGAUCCGCUGCCACCAAAGACAGCGAGAAGUAGUCCCGCUCUAUCUCACCUCUCCAAUUCCUCCUCGACUCCCACAUCGUCUUCAUCGGUGCCGCGUUACAUCGCUACACAGGGCACCCUGCCCAACACCAUCGUGGACUUCUGGCGUAUGGUCUGGCAAGAAAACAGCGCCAUUAUUGUCAUGAUUACCAAAGAAGUCGAGCGUGGUAGGAAUAAGUGCGCGAGGUACUGGCCAACACCACAACAAGGUACCCUGGAACUUCCCAGCUAUAGAGGAACACUGCGAGUUCGCCACUUGGCAGAAAAGAAACUGGAGACGUACACUCUGCGAGAACUCCAUCUGUCCCGCGAUCCGCCUUCCCACGAACAGGGUUCUUCGAGGAAAACCUCUACUUCGCCUUCCUCCAAAGGUUUCGUGGUGUACCAUUAUCAAUUUCACGCCUGGCCCGAUCAUGGUACACCCACCGACCCCUCCUGUGUGCUCAACUUCAUGUUUGAUAUUUCUAAGUGUAUGGAAACUCUACCGGAAUGUGGGCCCAUGAUUGUACACUGCAGCGCAGGAAUCGGACGAAGUGGUACCUUCAUCGUAAUUGAUAUGCUCAUCAAUUAUAUUAAGCGCUAUGGACUGCAAUGCGACAUUGAUAUCUCUCGCACAGUUCAGGCUGUUAGAGAACAACGUUCAGGUAUGGUGCAGAUUGAGACCCAAUAUCGGUUCAUCUACAAGGCAGUCCAGAACUUUGUUUCCACCCUAUCACAACGCCUUCAACUCCACAAUGAACUGCAGCCCCUUGGUGUGGACUACACGAACAUUAAUCAAGCACCAUCCGAUCUUAUGCAUACCUCUACACCGCAUCGCCCUGAGUCCACUACUCCUCCAAGCGUUAGCGACGACAGUCACUAUAGCAACAGUGCCGCCUGUCGCAUGGCUGCAGCUGCCGUCGCUACACAGUCCCAGCACUAUCAAACGAAAAGCGGUUCCUUCCCAACCAAACCACCUGCAGUACGAUCUGUGACAGAUGCGGAGUUGAUGUCGACCACAGCCGGCCCCUCUCCCAACAAACCAAUCAUUACCCACCAUCCUUCCACCCCCUCAAUUGCCUGCUCAUGGGACGCUGUAGGUGAUCACUGA